AUCUCAUCUCUUUCAGAAAAUAUCCCAUUUUCAGCACUACAUAAAACCCAUUCUCCAAAACCCCUUUCUCCUGUUUCUUCUUCCUCAUCUCCUCCUUCAAUGGCCACCAAUCUAUCCAUACCACACUACCACCACUCCGACACCAACAACCACCGCCCCCUCCCCCUCCUCCAUCUCCCUCUGCGUAACCGCUUCCUCACUUCCUGCAAUUCCUCCCGCCGCCCUGCCCACGACCCCAAACCCCCCUCCCCCUCCUUGGCCGAGCAGCUCAAACCCUUGUCGACCACCAUUCUUCCCGACCAGCCAAACGGACCCAAUACCCACCCCCACCCCCUAUUGGCCAAGCCCAAAUCGACCUGGGUCAAUCCGACCAGGCCUAAGCCCUCAGUCCUCUCCUUGCAGCGCCAUAAGCGCUCCUCUUCCUAUUCCUACAAUCCCCAAAUCAAAGACCUCCGCCAAUUCGCUAAACGGUUAAACCUCUGCGCCGAUUCCGAUUUCACCGCCGUCGUCGAAGAAUUCCCCCACACGGUCGACCGGGAAAACGCCCUCUUAGUGCUGCACAGUCUGCGGCCAUGGCAGAAGGCGCUUUGGUUCCUCAAUUGGGUCAAGUCCAAGGGCGUGUUCCCAAUGGAGACAAUCUUCUACAAUGUGACCAUGAAGUGUUUGAGGUUCGGCAGGCAAUUCCAGCACAUUGAGCAGCUGGCAUUCGAGAUGAUCGACAAUGGCGUCGAGCUCGACAACAUCACUUAUUCCACGAUCAUCACCUGCGCGAAAAGAUGCAAUCUCUUCGACAAGGCUGUGGAGUGGUUUGAGAGGAUGUACAAGACCGGUUUGAUGCCCGAUGAGGUCACUUAUUCAGCUGUCUUGGAUGUCUACGCCAAGUUAGGCAAAGUUGAGGAGGUAAUGAGCUUGUACGAGAGAGGGAGAGCCAGUGGCUGGACCCCGGACCCGAUCGCAUUCGCCGUGUUGGCGAAAAUGUUCGGAGAGGCCGGGGAUUACGAUGGCAUUCGAUAUGUAUUGCAGGAGAUGAAGACGCUUGGCGUGCAGCCAAAUUUAGUCGUGUACAAUUCGUUGUUGGAGGCGAUGGGGAAGGCCGGGAAGCCCGGAUUGGCGAGGAGUUUGUUCGAGGAGAUGGUGGAUUCGGGGAUCACGCCGAAUGAGAAGACAUUAACGGCGUUGAUCAAGAUUUACGGCCGCGCGAGGUGGGCGAGGAAUGCGUUGGAGCUUUGGGAACGGAUGAAAUCGAAUGGAUGGCCUAUGGAUUUCAUAUUGUACAACACUUUGUUGAGCAUGUGCGCCGAUAUCGGAUUGGUGGACGAGGCCGAGAGGCUGUUUGAAGACAUGAAGGGGUCGGAUAAGUGCAAGCCGGAUAGUUGGAGCUACACGGCGAUGCUAAACAUAUACGGCAGUGAGGGAAAUGUUGAUAGGGCGAUGGCGUUGUUUAGGGAGAUGUCGGAGGCAAAUGUCAAUCUAAAUGUCAUGGGAUGCACUUGCUUGAUCCAGUGCUUGGGGAAAGCGAAGAAAAUCGACGAUUUAGUGAGGGUGUUUACGACUUCCGUCGAGGCAGGGAUCAAGCCGGAUGACAGGCUAUGCGGAUGCUUGCUUUCAAUCGUGUCGAACUGCAAGAACGACGAUGCGGAGAAAGUCCUCGCCUGUUUAGAGCAGGCAAACCCAAAACUGGUUGCGUUUGUCGACAUUCUUUCCGAUGGUGCUAACGUCGAAACAGUGAAGGAAGAAUUCAAGGCUGUGCUGAGCAACACGGCCGUCGAGUCGCGGAGACCGUUCUGCAACUGUUUGAUCGACGUUUGCCGGAACAGAAACCUCCACGAGCGCGCCCACGAGCUUCUGUACUUAGGCACCGUUUACGGACUGUAUCCCGGUCUUCAUACUAAGACUGAGGAAGAGUGGAGGUUAAACGUCCGGUCGCUCUCCGUCGGCGCUGCUCACACUGCGUUCGAAGAGUGGAUGGGUUCGCUGGCGAAGAUCGUGCAGAGGGAGGAGAACUUGCCGGCGUUGUUUUCUGCUUCCACCGGCGCCGGAACGCACAAGUUCUCACAAGGGUUGGGCAAUGCCUUCGCGUCGCAUGUGGCGAAACUCGCGGCGCCUUUCCGGGAGAGCGAGGAGCAAGCCGGUUUCUUCGUCGCGACGCGCGAAGAUCUGAUCUCGUGGCUGCAGUUGAAGGCUCCAUCAGGUUCAGCUUCAGCUUCAGCUUCUGCUGCAUAGACAAAGCUUCGACUUUUGAUCCAUUGUUGUUUCAAAAUUGUUACAGAUACAGCAUGUCGAGGAAGGCAUGCAUUAUGCAUACCAAAGUCAGCUGAACUUCUUGUAGUAAAAUCGUGUUUUGAUAAAUGCGCUUUUGAUUAAAAACAGUUUUACUUUGGUGCUG